AAGAGCCGAAUGAAUACAUGAUUUAAUCCACAUUCAAGUUAACCGGGCGCUAAACAGGAAGUUAGGCGGGGAGGUCUCUAGUGCGCACGCUCGAGGGGUCACACAACAUGGGAGAUCAGGUUAUUUUCAUAGCUGAGAAGUCAAGUCUUUUUUGGCCACUGAGCAGCCGUCAUAGGACUGAACAGGUCUCUACCUCCAAGGCUGUGUCAUGAUGUAAUAUAUCGUUCUUGGAUUAGCAUUGUUGCCUCUCAGCAAGAAGGUCCUGGUUUCGAGACCCGGCUGCGAGGAGUGAGACAGUGACCCAGAAGAGGUCCUGGUGGUUAUUUUCUGAAAAUCGAGCUGACUACAGACCUACUUUCAUGAGACUGGUGGCGGUUUCGGCCUGAGUGCUUUUUUUUGGGAGGGGGAUCUAUGGAUGUCCUCUGGGGACCGGAAGGCGAGCUCCUCGCGCUGGACGCCACAUCAGGACUGAGAGGCUGCGAUGGUAGAUGAUGAGUCACCCAGGAGGCCAUGCCGGGCAGCCCAGAGAACAUCCCCCUGGGGGAGUGCACCCUCUCCGAGUCCAAGGACCAGCUGACGCCGCCCAGCCGCACGGAGAGCACCGUGUUCAGCCUGUCCCGCAGCGAGUCCGUCUGGACCACCGAGGUCCCUGAAAAGAGGAGCGAGGUCUACUGGUUCCCCAUCCACCUCAUGUCCACCGGGGGCAGCUUCCUGGCGUGCGGCAUCAUCAUCAGCGGCCUGUACUUCGCCGGCCACUGCAAGAGGGUCACCAACAUCCUGGGACCGGGCCUGCUGUCCAUCGGGCUGAUGGUGUUCGUGGUGGGCGUGGUCCUGAUCCCCAUCACCAAGGAGAACAGGAAGAGGGCGAAGAGGAAGAAGGUGCCCAGCUACUACAGGCAACCGAUGUUCAACCUGUGACGAAGCACGACACUUCCUGUUCAACACUGAGGAACUUGACUUGGACUGAAACGAUCCUGCGCAGCAUGGGGAGCCUCUGUGGAAGAUAGUUACUUAAAAGACCUGCACGUGGUGACGUUAAUGUUUAUUCUCUUGAUUUACCAGGAUCGUCGACACUAAGCACUUAUCUCAGUCUCAGGCGUGCAUGACAACAUUUUCGCAUCAAUAACCUCCCGCGGCUGCCGGCGAGGAAGGUGAGAGCACGACGGACAACAAUGAAAUGCAAUUAUUCACACACGAUUUAGCGAGGUUACUCGAAAGCAAACUGUCCUCGUGAAUAUUUAUGAGGGGGAGAGUGGACGAGGGGGACUUCCUAAUGCUGUGUGGUACAGUAUAUGCCAAUUCAUGAAUAAUUAAAGGAUGUGAGAGCUUGUAAUUGUCGGUUCCCGCUUUACUUUGUCUCCUGCGUCCACUGAAGUCCUUAAUGUGGAACCGAGUCACUUUGAAUCUGAGUGCAUUCAUCCUCAAAUGUAUGUAAAAGGGGGAAAACAAUUUGACUGCUGCGAGCUGCGAAAGCACAUUUUCAUAGGAUUUAAAUAUUAUGUGGCUGGAAAUUUCUGGUUAACCCCUUCAGAACCAGAGUCUUUAAUGUACACGUGCACUUAAAAUAAGACUCUGACCUGCAGCAGGGAUUGUAUUUAAAGCUGCUGUCAUCAAUACUGAAUGGGUCACAUGACUGCUUGUAAUCUCAGAUUCUUAUAGCUUUUAUUAGCUUCAGCUGAAUUAUCAUCAGCUACAUAAUCGGAAUCAGUGACGUCAGUGGAAAUGUCUUCACAUUUCGUUUGUUUUGGUGUCUUUUACAAACAAAAUACUAAUUGUUAGAUGUGUGAAUCCUCCACAUCAGCGUCUUAACCCGGCGGUUGUUACACUUUUCCUGCUCUUCAUGUGGGUUUCUCUUCAUUUCUCGUCAUUGUGCAGGUGAAUCUGAGGAUGAGAUCCGCCUCGUCGUUUCUUCUUGUCUUUGUUUUGGUCGCUGUAACAUUCGAUGUAGCUUCAUCAGUCCCGUCACAAACUAGCUGUGCAGAAUCCCUCCAGUUUGGAUGGCACACAAUAUCUUUUAUUUGACCGAGGCGGCUCAGGUUCUGGCUUCCGAGCCGGUUCCUACUCGUUUCAACGUCCAAAGAACUGGUUAUUUUAUCGGUAUCAGCCAACAAGAGUCAAGUAAUUAUCUGUUAUCGCAUCAGCUGAAAAAAGAUCCAUAUCAUUCCUCCAUUUAGACGUAGAUGUUGCCUCUGUUGCUUCAUACGUGUUGAUUUGAUUUUAUUUCUUAAUAAAAAUGCACUUUAAUCUUUAUAUGUAUUGUUUUUAAUAGCAGUAGACUGUUGAAACUGAAACUAUGAGGUGACUAGUGACUAGAUUUAUCAAACAAAUGUCAUGGAGAGGAAGAAUAAAGUAGCAGAAAAUGGAUUUGGGUACCAGUCUCCUCGAUUUACAGUA